UAAUUUAGAUGUCAAUUUGUAAAAAUGAAACAUUAUGCAUUUUAUUUUUUAUACAGAACGAAGAAGACAAGAGAUUAGAAGAAGAAUUGUUACAAGCGGUCGAUAUAUUAAAAGUAAAUAAAGCUAUGUUGCUCUCACUAAAUCAUCUGAGGAUUUUGAUACGUACAUCCACGAGUUCGAUGACUUCUGUUCCGAAACCUCUCAAGUAUUUACGGAAUUUUUAUCCGAGCUUGAGGAGCGCGUACGACAGGGUUAAGCGGGAAGAAGCAAAGAUACGCUUUGCCGAAAUUUUGAGUGUACUCGCUUUGGCUGGUGCUGUACCAGGAUCUAGAGACUGCCUCGAUUUUUGUAUCAAAGGAGCCGUGGAUAAUCCCGGGGAAUGGGGUCACGAAUAUGUGCGACAACUCGAGGCGGAGAUCGUCGACGAAUGGACGAACGCGCCGAUCAGGGAGGAGCAUGAAAUCAGAAAACGUCUUACACCGUUGAUUAAGAGCAUUAUUGCGUUCGACAUGAGACACAAUGCGGAGAUACAAGCGUGCGACUUGUGCUUGGAGAUAGACGAGUUAAAUUUCCUCGCGGAAUACCUGGAUUCCAGAAACUUUACGCGAGUGUGCCAUUAUUUAAUUAGCUGCGCGGCAUACAGCGAGGAUACAGAGAGAAGACAAAUAUUAGAAUUUGCCACGGAACAAUAUCUAAAGUUUAACGAGUACACGAGGGCGCUUUUGGUAGCGCUGCAACUUGCAAAUUCGGAACUUGUUUUCAAGUGCUUUGUUGCUUGCCCCGACUCUUUGAUGAGAAAUCAACUAGCUUUUAUCCUCGCCCGGCUGCAAGAUCAACCUCUGAGGUUGGAAUAUCAUGGAGACGAUGCCAAGGAUAUCGAGGCAAUUCUCAGCAAUGGUCACGUGAACACCCACUUCCAAAUUCUUGCUAGAGAACUUGAUAUACUCGAACCGAAGCACCCAGAAGAUAUCUACAAGAGCUGGUUGAGUGGAGCCAGACAAAUGGAGCAUGAUUCAGCGAGGGCGAAUUUAGCGGCGAGCUUCGUUUCGGGUUUUGUACACGCGGGCUUUGGUCAAGAUAAGCUGAUGACGAACACGUCCGAUUGUUGGGUGUACAAGAAUAAGGAACACGGAAUGUUGUCGGCUACCGCUUCUCUUGGCCUGAUACAUAUGUGGGAUGUCGACGGCGGAUUAAUUCCCAUCGACAAGUAUCUUUAUACAAACGAGGAUUAUGUAAAAUCUGGUGCCUUACUAGCAAUUGGAUUAGUGAAUUGCGGAAUUCGUAAUGAAUGUGAUCCAGCUUUGGCGCUUCUUAGUGAAUACGUAAAAUCAAACAACCAAAUUCUUCGCAUUGGAGCCAUCAUGGGACUAGGUUUGGCUUAUGCGGGUUCCAGAAGAAAAGACGUUACCGAACUUCUUUCUGGAGCUUUGGCCGAUGAGCAAACUAAUAUACAAUUGUUGUCGCUAAUGGCCAUCUCCUUAGGCCUUAUAAAUGUAGGUUCAGGAGACUCUGAUAUAUCUUCGGUUAUUUUGUUGAAAUUAUUAGGGCUUUCUAUAAAAGAGCUUGUUAUCACGCAUUCCAGAUUUUUAGCAUUAGCGUUAGGAAUGAUUUACAUGGGAACUCGGGACGCCAUAGAAACGCCAUCCGCAGCGCUCGAAGCUCUGCCAGAGCCGUACAACUUUGCCUCGCAAACAAUGUUACAAAUUUGCGCAUAUGCGGGAACUGGUGAUGUAUUGAUAGUGCAAGAACUAUUAAGAAUUUGCUCCGAAGCAUUCGAAGAAGUAACGACCGCAAAGACUACAUCCCAGAGCACUUUGAUAUCAAGUUGUUGCGAUCAAAGAUCACAGAGUAGCUUUACCAUAUCGGAAAAAAAUAAAAAGAAUGACAACCAAGUCGAGGGAGAUAUUGGAACUUCGCAAGCCAUCGCAUCUCUUGGAGUAGGUGUAGUUGGGCUUGGAGAAGGAAAAGAAAAUUCGAGGAUCUUUGGUCAGGUCGGAAGGUAUGGUCCAGCGCCAGCGCGACGCGCUAUGCCCCUUGCGUUGGCCUUGUCUUCUUUGUCGAAUGCCGACCCGGCGGUUUUGGACGUGCUGAACAAAUACAGCCACGAUCACGAUGCCGAUGUUGCUCUGAAUGCGAUUUUCGCCCUCGGUUUAGUAGGCGCCGGAACAAAUAACGCACGUCUGGCGACGAUGUUGAGGCAAUUGGCGGCUUAUCACGCGAGAAAUCCAUCUCACCUAUUCCUAGUUCGCAUCUCUCAGGGCUUAGUGCAUCUAGGCAAGGGUACUUUAUCUUUGUCGCCUUUGCGAUACGCCUCAAAAGUUCUAGACUAUACUGCCUUGGCUGGUUUGAUGGUCGUCCUUGUUGCAUGCUUAGAUUGCAGGAAUUUGAUAUUAUCUCAAUCUCACUACUUAAUGUACUGCUUAGCAAUCGCUAUGGAGCCGAGAUGGCUGGUUACUAUUGAUGAAAAUCUUAAGAAUUUGCCGGUAUCGGUGAGAAUUGGUCAAAGUGUGGACGUUGUGGGGAAAGCAGGUAAUCCGAAAUCCAUUGUCGGUGGACACGUACAAACUACACCAGUGUUGCUGUGUGCGGGUGAAAAGGCGGAAUUAAUGUCUGACCAAUAUGAGCCGCUUUCUAACGUGCUGAAGGGUUUCGUAAUCCUCCGUGAAAAAGUAAUUUCGCGUCAGUCUUUGUACUCUUUUGCAGCACCUUUACUACGUGAUUUAAUGCAUGAAUUUUUUAUGACAGACUACAACAAGUUAGAAGAAUUCAUGUUUGAUAGUUUCGUUACAUUGCCUUUAUCAGAGAACGCUAUCAACGAGUAUCCGUGAACAAAUUGAAAAAGUUUCUCUUGUAGAUAUACUUUAAAUAGAUCAGAGAACGAAAGAGAUUCUUGCAUGUGUAGGAUUUGUUAUAAGAUAUACGUUGCUUGAUAACUGAUGCGACGGAUAAUAAUGGCUGGACGUCAGUUAGUUUUUUCGUAUGUCUUGCAUUUAUUUAACUUUAGGGACUAGCGGAAGCAAUGUGCUCUAUACAACAGAAACAUACAUUGGUUCGCAUUGCACAGUGGGGAUAACAUUGCGCCAUGAUCAAGAAUGUCGGUCGCAUAUCAAAUUAACAGAAAUCGACGAAGAUUAAUUAAUAAAAAA